AGUGGAAGUGAACUAUGAAAUGGCCAUCCAAGCGGGCCUGGACUUGGGGAGGUUUCGGGUGGGAGAUCGAACUUUAAAAAUGAAGCAAUGUUUAAUAAACAGCAACGCUAGGCAUCUGGAACUCAACAGGAGUUUAAAAAAAAAAUGCUGGUGGAAUUAUUAGCAUACGACUGUUUUAAAGACUACGAAGAUGCAAGCUGACCGGGCAGGAUGGACCGGAUGGGGGAGAGCCACUGUGCCUGAAUGAACCCGAAAGCAGAGGGAGGGUGCUGACAAGGACAAGCCUUGCACCCACAUUCGCCGUUAAGGAUGGAUAAGAGAAGCAGGGCACGUUCCCCCGACAGAAUAGGAAAAAUGAACGCACUCAGAAAGGAUCCGUUCACCUCCCGAACCCUGACGACAGAACACCUAGCUGUCAGGUGAAAUCAAGCACCUGAGCCGAGGAAAACAAAGCGGGCUCAACUCUGCUGGCUGCAGCGCGCUCUCCGUACAAGCCCGGAUCCCCUUCCCCAGCUCCCGAGGGUCCUUCCACCCCACCCUGCGCGUAAACCGCACCCCUCAGAAGUUCUGCGUUAGAGAACGCAGCGGGGAAGAACAUUUUCUGCAAGUGAAGAAAGUAGAACUAGGGCAGUCCGAGGAGAUUGAAAGGGCAACACCAUCACGCAAGAAAACUGUACCUAUUACACCAUUCUUUGGCGAAGGUUAUUCAGCAGUGGUGACCCCUUACAAUCGAACACUCUACAAAUUAUUAUCUCUGGACUCCCAGCUGACACCCUGCCGGAGGCAAGAGCUACUGAGCCAACUGGAACUGUGCCUUUUCUCUUGUCAAGGUUUUUUUCUUACACAGGAAAAAGGAAGAAAAAAAAAAAGAUGAAGUUGGGCAAAGUGGAGCUCUGCCAUUUUCUGCAGCUAAUAGCGCUUUUCCUGUGUUUCUCUGGGAUGAGUCAAGCAGAGCUCUCCAGGUCCAGAUCAAAGCCCUAUUUCCAAUCAGGGAGGUCCCGGACCAAGCGCAGCUGGGUGUGGAAUCAGUUCUUUGUGCUGGAGGAAUACAUGGGUUCAGACCCUCUCUAUGUAGGAAAGCUUCACUCUGAUGUUGAUAAAGGAGAUGGUUCCAUCAAAUACAUCUUGUCAGGCGAAGGGGCAAGUUCCAUUUUCAUUAUUGAUGAGAACACGGGGGAUAUCCAUGCUACCAAGAGGCUGGACCGAGAGGAGCAGGCCUACUAUACGCUGCGAGCCCAGGCGCUGGACAGGCUCACCAACAAGCCCGUGGAGCCCGAGUCCGAGUUUGUCAUCAAGAUUCAGGACAUCAAUGACAACGAGCCCAAGUUCUUGGAUGGCCCAUACACUGCAGGAGUUCCUGAAAUGUCACCUGUGGGGACCUCAGUGGUACAAGUGACAGCAACGGAUGCUGAUGAUCCUACAUAUGGCAACAGUGCCCGAGUGGUCUACAGCAUUCUGCAAGGACAGCCAUACUUCUCAGUGGAACCAAAGACAGGAGUCAUCAAGACCGCCCUUCCAAACAUGGAUAGAGAGGCUAAAGACCAGUAUUUGCUUGUUAUUCAGGCAAAGGAUAUGGUUGGUCAAAAUGGAGGACUCUCAGGAACUACGUCAGUCACCGUGACCCUAACUGAUGUCAACGAUAACCCACCUCGCUUUCCUCGAAGGUCUUACCAGUAUAAUGUCCCAGAAUCAUUGCCAGUGGCCUCUGUUGUGGCCAGAAUCAAAGCAGCUGACGCAGAUAUAGGAGCUAAUGCUGAAAUGGAAUACAAAAUCGUGGAUGGUGACGGAUUAGGGAUUUUCAAGAUUUCUGUUGACAAAGAUACACAGGAAGGAAUCAUUACUAUACAGAAGGACCUGGAUUUUGAAGCCAAAACAAGUUACACACUCCGGAUAGAAGCUGCAAACAAAGAUGCCGACCCUCGCUUUCUGAGCUUGGGUCCAUUCAGCGACACGACCACAGUGAAAAUAAUCGUGGAAGAUGUGGAUGAGCCCCCUGUGUUUUCCUCACCCUUGUACCCCAUGGAGGUAUCGGAGGCUACCCAAGUUGGGAAUAUCAUUGGCACCGUCGCGGCUCAUGACCCAGAUUCUUCCAACAGCCCUGUGAGGUAUUCAAUUGACAGAAACACAGACUUGGAGAGGUAUUUCAAUAUCGAUGCCAACAGUGGAGUUAUUACAACCGCCAAAUCUUUGGAUCGAGAGACAAAUGCUGUUCAUAAUAUCACAGUUCUUGCCAUGGAGAGCCAGAAUCCGUCUCAAGUUGGAAGAGGCUAUGUGGCCAUUACUAUACUCGACAUCAAUGACAAUGCCCCUGAAUUUGCUAUGGACUAUGAAACCACCGUGUGUGAAAAUGCCCAGCCAGGGCAGGUUAUCCAGAAGAUCAGUGCCGUUGAUAAAGAUGAGCCAUCCAAUGGACACCAGUUUUAUUUCAGCUUAACGACUGAUGCAACAAAUAACCACAACUUUUCAUUGAAAGAUAACAAAGACAACACGGCUUCCAUUCUCACCAGGAGAAACGGCUUCCGGAGACAGGAGCAGUCUGUGUACUACCUGCCCAUCUUCAUCGUGGACAGUGGUUCGCCUUCCCUCAGCAGCACGAACACCCUCACCAUCCGCGUCUGUGACUGUGAUGCCGACGGGGUAGCCCAGACCUGCAACGCGGAGGCCUACGUCCUACCUGCCGGCCUCAGCACCGGAGCCCUGAUUGCCAUCCUCGCCUGUGUCUUGACGUUACUGGUGUUGAUCCUCCUCAUCGUCACCAUGAGAAGACGGAAAAAAGAGCCUCUCAUUUUCGAUGAGGAGAGAGAUAUCCGAGAAAAUAUUGUGAGAUACGACGAUGAAGGUGGGGGAGAGGAAGACACAGAAGCUUUUGACAUGGCCGCACUGAGGAACCUCAAUGUCAUCAGAGAUACCAAGACCCGAAGGGAUGUGACUCCAGAAAUUCAGUUCUUGAGUCGACCGACUUUUAAAAGCAUCCCAGACAACGUCAUCUUUCGAGAAUUUAUUUGGGAGAGGCUGAAAGAAGCUGACGUGGACCCCUGUGCUCCCCCCUAUGACUCCUUGCAGACGUACGCGUUCGAAGGAAAUGGCUCAGUGGCUGAAUCACUCAGCUCCUUAGAUUCCAUCAGUUCGAACUCUGAUCAGAAUUACGACUACCUAAGUGACUGGGGGCCUCGCUUUAAACGACUCGCAGAUAUGUAUGGCACCGGCCCCGAGAGUUUGUACUCAUAGCCCCGGAACCUUAAUCUGAAAUGUACUGGAGAAAAAAAUAAAUAAAAGCAAAAACAAAACAAGGCAAAACAACGAGACAAAACAAAACAACCCACUACAUACAGAAAACAAGAACUCGACUUACUAGAGAGAACGGUUGUACAUAUUUCUCCAUUUUUAACUGUUUAGGCUUUGGCCUUGGUGAAGUGUAUCUCCAUUAGACUUACCCAAGGGACUGCACUGACCACAGACUCUGAGCAUUCGAAGGCUUUUUGAUAAAACGAAAUGCUCAGUGGUUUGUGAAUAGAUAGCAACUCUCAGAUACCUGCAAAGCACCUAACCUCUAUGAGCAAGUAGUGCCCUGUGUUGUCCGUGACCCAAGCGUGCCCUGUACAAACCUUCACGGUACUGCCAGUGAGAAGAACAACACACGAUGUGCCAUUGAAAUGUCCUAGAACUUCUCGCGACUCAAAACUCGGGACCAGUAUAAUUUGCGGUGAUGCUUUUCGCUUGCUAGAUUACAGAAUCCAGCGCAAGUUUACUGCUGCUGGUUAGCGAAUAUAUUUUAUUUAGCAGUAUAUAAAUUCUUAGAAAAUCCUCCCCGGUCCUCCAAUACAAACCGAUAAAAUUUGGUUUCAGGCAACAUAACCCGUUGUUUAGCAAAUAAAUUACGAAGGGUUCCAAAUAAGAAAAAAAAAAAAAAAAGUAAAUCAUUCCUUUUGAGCUGCUUGUGGAGGUAUGAAAAAAAGUUGCUGUCUAUUCAUUGAUUUUUAUUAUCUCUUCUGAUUUAUACAGGAGACUAUCUUUUGUUUUUUUUUUAUUUCAUACAUGGUGUUCUAUUUAUUUUGGAGCUCCAAUCUCCACGAAAUUCAGGUCCAUCUGACUGCCUCAUAGAACUAAGCUCGUCAGAACAUGCUGAUUUUUCUCCAGGCUGAGCGAAAUGAAGGGAAUGAAGCAUGGAUAUGGAGAAGAAAAUAGAGCAGUUGAGCCCUUUUCACAUCUCAGAGAGGAUCCCAGCUACAAGGACAUACAAGAUGUUCAUCUGAGCCAUUAGAAUGUACCAAACAGUGGAAUAAAAAUAUUUGUAUUUUGGAAAGAUUUCAGAAUUGAGAUUUGUUUUGGAUGCAAGAUUUAUUUUUCAAGGUCACAAGUUCUCUAUGCUCCAAAGACUUUUGAGGAUUUGUUUUCCCCAACCUUUUUGGCUGUAACCGUAUUGACUAAAAGACUGUUUAUUUUUUUUGUUUGUUUUUUUAACACUACCUUAAUGUAAUGUUACAAUUUUCAAAAUCCGUCUUUAAAUUCUGACGCACACACCUUCCUCAAGGACUAACCAAGCAAUGUAGAAGGUCCAUACUGGUUUAGAGGGUGCCAACAUGAGGAGACCAUUUCAAGUGAUCAUGUGUGUUUAGGAUGGGAUUCUUAGAAUAAGGAUUUUAUGACUAAAAUAAUAUUUCCACCUAUCACUUUUUCCUAGAAUAGUACUAGCUUAAUGUGCAUAUACUGAAAUAAGAAUGGACUUUUUUUCUUUCAUUUCUCUCUUUCAGAAUAAUUUAUUGGGUCCCUAAUCAAUCUACAGAUAGCGGACCCUGUAGAGGAAAUUACAUUUUAAAAGUGCUUCUUUCUGAAAGACAAACACUGGAAUCAGAAUAUUCAUAUUUGGAUGACGUGAGGACAAACCAGGAUUCUGUAAAUUUACGAUUCAUCCUUAGAAAUAAAGUAGGUGAAAGUGACCUUCAGCCUCAUCACAAAAGAAAUAAGUCAGUCAAUCUGACCAUCUGCACUCAGUCCUUUCAUUUGAAUACAGGUUUGUAAACAUUGUUGUGGGACUAGAUAGAUAUGCUUCUUGCUGUAUUAAUAUACAUGUAUGUGAAAAACUCAUAACAGUAAAAGAUUCUGUUCAUGACUUUUAGUCCCCUAUGUAAGUUUUUCGAAUAAAAAAAAAAAUACAUAGUACACGUACCCAAGUCAGUAAAAGCAAAGUGUGGUGCAGGAACUGUGUAGGCGUUAAAUCAGCAAGGUGCUGAAAAGACAGUUUUGUAAUAAUCCCCUGUUGUCUGCAGGAAGACAAAAUCGUUUAGCGCAUUUGGAUGAUGAUGUCAAAACUGAUUGUUGCACAGAUCACUAAAUGGAGGUUUGAGUGUAUUUUAGAAAAGAAUAAUCACAUCAUUCACCUUUGUCUUGUUUUCAAGUAUAUAUAUAUAUAUAUAUAUAUAUAUAUAUAUAUAUAUAUAAACAUAUCUUUUUAUUUUUUUUUCAUAUUUGCUGAUCACAGAUUGGGAAAAGAAAAGCUCAAAUUUAAAUAAAGAUUUGAAAUUCUUGCCUAUACCCACUUGCUCUUUUAUGCGUGGACAAUGACAUCAAUACAGAUACUGAACUUGAUUCAGUGGGAUUGUUAAAAAAAUACUUGAGAUGGCUGAGAGUGUGUCCCUAAUUUACAUGAAAUUUAUAUGCUUUCUAUCUAAGCUUACCGGUAACAGGGGUGAGUUUUAGUUUUUUGGGUUUUUUUCCCCCUUCCGAAAUGCAGUGCCAUAUAUGAUUAUCUCCAUAACACUUGAGAGGCUGUGUUUUAAAACCAGACCCUGUAAUAAUUGAUAAAAAAAAAAAAUCCAUGUUAAACCGAGUCAGGAGAUUCUCCAGAAGCA